ACAUAACAUGAGUCGAUCGGGGACCUUGCAGCGUCGCACCACCUACCUCAUCUCCCUCACCCUCGUCAAGGUCGAGGCCGUCGCCGGAGCCGAGGGAGGAGGGGGGGAUGGGUCCUCCUCCUCCCCAUCCCCUUCCCUGGAGAAGAGGGCCUUGACCCAACAAGCCCUGCCCCCGGCUCUGCCCCCGGCCCCCAGUCCCCCUCUCCCCAUGCUGGCCGGGCACCAGCUGAUGCUGGGGCAGGAUGGAGAAGAUGCGUAUGAUGAUGACGACGAUGGCGGUGAUGAAGAAUAUGAGGAGGAGGAGGAAGAAGACGAAGAGGAGGAUGAGGAGGAAGAAGAAUAUGAAGAAGAGGGGGUUACCACGACCAGCAGGAGCACCGUGGUGGAGUACCACCGGGAGUCUCUGACCGAGAAGCAGGAGCUGGAGGCGCAGGAGAAGGAGCGGGUGGUGGUGGAGGAGGAGGUGAGGGCCAGCUGGUCCGUUCGGGAGAAGAGGAGGUCCGAGGGGGGAGGAGGAGGAGGAGGAGGAGGAGGUGGUGAGGUCGGGCGUCCGCCCAGAACACCGGUUCCAAAGCCUCGCGACAAGACCGUGCCCCUGGUCCCCGUGAAGGACAAGGUGAGCAUUGAUCUGCGGGCGGGCAGCCCUGGAGUAGGGGGAAUGUCCCUGGUGGAGCAACGCGACAGGGAGCACCACCACCGCACUGCCAGAGAGGACACCCCCAAAAUAGACCUCUACCGGGAGGUCUUCCCCCCGCCGCACCGCGGAGUCCCCGAGUGGAUCGACCACCACGGCUCCAACGGCACCCCGACCAACCGGCCGUCGUCUGGCAUCCCGGUCGGCGGGCGAACGACGCUGGUGGGCCACCCGGGUGGUGGGCACCAUCGGCCCGAGGCCCUGCUCCGCUCGCACGCGGUGGGCAUCGCCACGGUGAGCCGGCGGGAGCUGCGCGAGGCGGGCAGUCAGAGCGUGCCGCCGUCGCUCUCGUCGGCCAAGAGCCUGGACCGCAAGGCCCGCGAGCGCUCGCCGCCCACCACCAUCACCAUGACCAUGGGGCCGUACCGCGCCUCCUGGUCCGAGAGCGAGGGCCGCGGGAUGUUCCAGCGCAUGAGCGGCGUCGGAGGCAUGGGCGUCGGCGUCGGAGGCAUGGGCGUUGCGGCCGCCACCAUCGCCCGGGACAGCCCGCGCUCCGACCGGCUGAAGGCCGGCUCCACCUCCCUCCCGGCGCCCGCCACCACCGCCGCCGGCCAAGCCCAGCCCGCCAAGCCCCAGCGAAAGGGAAAGAGCCGCACGCUGGACAACAGCGACCUGCACUCGCUCUCCGAGGACCUGCGGCGGGGCAAGGAGGCUCAGAGAGGAGGGCCGGGGGUCGGGGUCGGUGGCCCAGGGGCUGGGGUGUCCGGCCAGGGCCAAGCACAGCCUCCGGCCCGCGACCGCAAGAUGCUCAAGUUCAUCAGCGGCAUCUUCACUAAGAGCACCUCGUCGUCCUCACCGGCGCCCCCUACCGCCGCCACGCUGCCGCCCACGCCCACCCCCAUCUACAGCUCCGUGCAGAGGGGCUCUAGCGAGGAGGACGCAGCGUGUGCCAGCAGUCAAGAAUGGAUGUUAAGCCGUGCCAUCCAAGAGCUGCGUCUGGGUGUUCUGGGUAGCAUGCAGAGUGGGAAGUCAGCGCUGGUGCACCGCUACAUGACCGGGAGCUACCUGCCCCUGGAGAGCCCUGAGGGUGGACGAUUUAAGAAAGAGGUUUUGGUGGAUGGACAGAGUCACCUACUGCUCAUCAGAGAAGAACCGGCCCUGCCAGACACUCAAUUCUGUAGCUGGGUAGACGGGGUGAUCCUGGUCUUCAGCCUGGAGAACGAGUCCAGUUUCCAGGAGGUGUACAGCAACUACAGCCAGCUGUGCACUCACCGCAACGUAGCCGAGCUCCCCUUCAUCGUAGUGGGCACUCAAGAUAAGAUCAACAGCUCAAACCCAAGAGUCAUAGAGGAUGCCAGGGCACGCCAACUCUGCUCCGACGUCAGACGCUGCUCCUACUUCGAAACCUGCGCCACCUACGGUCUGAACGUCAACCGUGUCUUCACUGAAGCUGCUCAGAAGAUCGUGGCAGUGAAAAGACAAGCGGCUCUGUUCGCCUCCUGUAAAUCUCUCCCAAACUCCCCCAGCCACUCCGGAGGCUCCACCCCAGUGUCAGGAGCCUUCCCUGGGCAGGCAAGCAAUGGAGGCCAGAGCAGUGACUACUCCUCGUCGCUCCCCUCCACUCCUGUCAUCAGUCAUAAGGAGAUCGGGGGCUCGGGAGCCGAGAAGUUGGGCAGUGCCACCCCAGGCACCCUCAGGAGUGGCCCUCGACGCCGCACCACCCGCUUCCCGGGUCGGCGUGGCAGUGAGGAAAGAAGGAGUGUUGAUAGCAAAUGUGAUUUUGGCAGUGGAAGGGCUAUCCCCAUCAAACAGAGUGUGCUGCUGAAGCGUAGUGGGAGCUCCAUCAAUAAGGAGUGGAAGAAGAAAUAUGUGACUCUGUCCAGCGAUGGGGUGCUCUCCUAUCACUCCAGUGUCAAUGAGUACAUGCAGAACGUCCAUGGGAAGGAGAUGGACCUGCUGAGGGUGACUGUGAAGAUCCCAGGGAAGCGCCCACCUCGAGCAGUCUCCUCUGGGGCUCCUCCUGCUGGACAAAACGGAGUAGUGAAGGACGCCCCUGGACCCGAGGGAUCAGGAGCAGUUCCUGCGUAUCCCAGUGGCCUCCUGACUGUGGACGAGGGGCCAGGAAUGAUGGGUGGGCUCACCCUGGGAACGCGAGGGGUCCAGCGAAACCCCUCCACACUCUCCAGUAAGGCUCAGAGUAUUGACUCCUCCGUAGAGGGUGUGUCUAGCCCCACCUCUGGCAAAGAGCCUGGCCCCUCCUCCCCCGCGAUGGACAAGAAGAAGACCAGGAGGAAGAAGAGCAUGAACCAGAAAGGAGACUCAGCAUCCGGCCAGGCUGAGGAUGAGGACAACUUUGACUUCAUGGUGGUGUCGAGCACGGGACAGACGUGGCAUUUUGAGGCGCCCAGCCAGGAGGAGAGAGAUGCCUGGGUGCAGGCCAUCGAGAGGCAGAUCCUGGCCAGCCUGCAGUCCUGUGAGAGCAGCCGCAACAAGACUCGACGGAACAGUCAGAGUGAAGCGGUGGCGAUCCAGGCCAUCCGCAAUGCCAAAGGCAACAGCUUCUGUGUAGACUGCGAUGCGCCAAACCCCACGUGGGCGAGCCUGAACCUGGGCGCCCUGAUCUGCAUCGAGUGCUCGGGCAUCCACCGCAACCUGGGCACCCACCUGUCGCGCGUGCGCUCGCUGGACCUGGACGACUGGCCGCACGAGCUCACGCUGGUGCUGAGCGCCAUUGGCAACCACCUGGCCAACAGCAUCUGGGAGGCCUGCACCCAGGGCCGCUACAAGCCCACUCCUGACGCCACACGAGAGGAACGUGAGUCGUGGAUCCGGGCCAAGUACGAGCAGCGGAUGUUUGUGGCGCCCCUCUCCAGCGCCGGCAGCGAGGGAUUGGAGGGCUCGCUGUCGUCCCGCCUCCUGAGGGCGGUGAUGGACAGGGACCUGCCCCGUCUCCUGCUGCUGCUGGCCCACAGCUCCAAGGAGGAGAUCAACGCGCCGGUGUUCACCGUGGUGGGGAUGGGGCACCAUAGCAACGGCACCGGCCAGCAGCAUCAGCAGCAGCAGCCUCCAUCUCGCACCACCGCCCUGCACGCCGCCUGCCAGCUGGCCGACAUCGUCAUGACCCAGCUGCUGGUCUGGUAUGGCAGCGACGUGCGGAGCCGCGACAUGCAGGGUCAGACGGCCCUGUGUCUGGCCCGCCGCGCAGGCAGCCAGGAGUGUGCCGACAUCCUGCUGCAGUACGGCUGCCCCAACGAGAGCUCCACGCCCUGCACCACCCCCACCGGCGGCCCUGGCCCUGGCCCUGGCCCCGGCACCUCUUCCCUGGGCUCGCCCUGCUCCUCUGGGCCCCCUCUCCCUCCAGGCGCUGGUGGUGGUGGUAUGGGAGCCCCCUCUUCCUCUGCCUCCUCCAGCACCCCCACCCUCGCACGCAAGACCAGCGCAGCCAGCCUCAGUCGCAACAGCUCCAGAAGAGCGGUGUAAUAAAGAGAGAGAGAGAGAGAGAGAGAGAGAGAGAGAGAGAGAGAGAGAGAGAGAGUGUGUGUGUGUUUGUGUGUCUGUGUGUGUCCACACACGUGUGUGUGUCCACGCAUGUGUGUGUGUGCGUGUAUGUGUGUGUCCACGCGCGCGUGUGUGUCUGCAGUGUGUGUGUGUGCGUGCACACCUAUCUUAUUCUAGGUGCAUGAUGUUUGUGAUGAAAGUGUGUGUGUAUUUGUGCACAGUAUGUAUGUCUCUGUGUACAGUACGUGUGUACAAGUAUAUGUGUGUGUGAACAACAGUAUAUGUGUAUGUGUGUAAGUAUGUACUUCAUGUGUGCAGUGUGUGUGUGUGUGUGUGUGUGAACAGGGAGAUGACAGUUACUGGUUCAUACACUGCAGUGGCCGGAGAGAACAAAAGAACAGCAAUGACUGUAGAAACGAUUACAUUGCCACUGAAUGUGUCCCACUUGACACAAAUCUAUACUGUGACAAUAGGCAACA